UUGCCUAGCAACAGGUCGAACCUAGGCCCAUCGGCCAGUGACAGUCCUACGUAUUCCCGUCACCCAGGCUUGGGCAACGAUAUCACACGUCAGGAGCCUGUAAUUAAUCCUCCCUUCAAGCUUUGGUCGACUCCGGCCGAAAGCAUUAGCCAACAGGCGCCCAAGGGUAAUUUAUAUUAUAAGUCGCUGGCAGACUUGAGACGUGACGCCAAUCGCCCAGCACGCGAAGAUAUACCGGACCAUGGUAACGAUAGCAUGAACACCGCGGCACAUGAUCCUUCUUAUCACCAAUCUAGUCCGGCCAAAGAGGACAUGAAUCGCACGACUCAAGACGUGUGGGGGUUAUCGGAGCCAAUUCGCAAACCGGCCGAACCUCAGGGUCUUUCGCAGCGGCCUUUCUUCCCCACCCCGUUCUCCGGGGGAGAUUCGGAUUGGGGGCUUCUAGCCAAGAAGCAAGACCCCAGAAAAGCCAGCGGUGAGGAUUUCUGGGCUACGAUGUCUAAUCAUGCUCCCCCCGAGGCAGGAGAAACACAAGAAAAGCGGGAGAGUGACGAGCCUCCCUCUUCGGAACCGAGCCUCCAGGGUCAACAGAUUACAGAGCUCGAGGGGCCGGGUAGCCAGGGGAUAGAAUCGCCCCAAAAUGCUGAACAACAGGAAACAAACGACCUUCAGACUUCAUCUGAAGAAAAAGGCCCCGCGCCGGAGCCAGCACCGAUAGAGCUUUCUCCGGAGGAAAUAGCUGCAAUUGAAGAAAGACGUAUACAACGAGAAUUGAAGCGACGGGGUCGAGUCAAGCAGGUCGAUGUUGAGGAACCUGAAUACGAACCGGAAGAAGCUAGGAAAGGGAAGCGGAAGAGCCAUUCACGGCGUAAUACCAGGAGCCAAUAUGAUGAUGAUGAUGGAGAAUUCGAUUACGAAGAGUACGAAGAGAAACGUCGGGCCAAGAAACAGCGGAAGGCGGCGCAACGGGAGGCUCGGCGAGCCGCUCCAAAAUCUAUUAUCUUACCCGAGCUGAUCGGCAUCACGGGCCUAGCUGAUGCACUGAAUGUGGAACGGAAUGUGUUUUUGGCCCAGCUCGGAGAGCUAGGUUUCGAAGGGGUGACAUUGGAUAGCCUCAUGCCCGAAGAGACGGCUGCGCUUGUCGCACAGGAGUACGGCUUCGAGCCGAUAGUGGGAACGGAGUCGCGGCGCGAUCUCAAGCCUCGCCCGCCGCCUGAGGAUCCGUCAGUCCUCCCGCUCCGACCGCCGGUUGUGACAAUUAUGGGACACGUCGAUCACGGCAAGACGACACUCCUCGAUUAUCUCCGCAAAUCCUCCGUCGCCGCACAAGAGCAUGGAGGCAUCACGCAGCGAAUUGGUGCUUUCUCCGUGAAGCUGUCUUCCGGUAAACCGAUCACCUUCCUCGACACUCCGGGCCAUGCUGCAUUCCUUACCAUGCGCCAACGAGGCGCCUACGUAACAGACAUUGUCGUCUUGGUCGUGGCUGCAGACGACAGCGUUAAGCCGCAAACGAUCGAGGCCAUUAAGCACGCGCAUAGUGCUAGGGUGCCAAUCAUCGUGGCUAUCAACAAGAUUGAUAAGGAUGGCGCCAGGAUAGACCAAGUUAAAUCUGAUCUCGCGCGCGAGGGGGUCGAGAUUGAAGAAUACGGCGGCGACGUCCAGGUCGUAUGCGUGAGCGGCAAGACGGGCCAAGGCAUGGAUGACCUGGAAGAGAGCAUUCUUACUCUUUCCGAGAUCCUCGACUACCGAGCUGAAGUGGAUGGAGCCGCGGAAGGCUGGGUUCUCGAGAGCAGCCUCAAGCCGAUAGGUAAGGCUGCUACCGUUCUCGUCAAACGGGGGACUCUGCGGCCGGGCGAUUUUGUCGUGGCCGGUGUCGUCUAUGCCAAAAUCCGGCACCUUCGCAACGAAGCUGGCGCCAUUAUCAAAGAGGCGCCUCCCGGCACGCCGGUCGAGAUCUCGGGGUGGAAGGAACUCCCCGCUGCAGGCGACGAGGUCAUUCAAGCGUCCAACGAGGGCCGGGCUAAAGACGUGGUGGAUUACCGUGCGGGUCUUCGCGACCUUCAGAAGGAUGCCGCCGCCCACGAAAUCAUCACCGCUUCCCGCCAGGCCCUUCAAGAGAAGCGCGCUCGCGAGAAGGCGGCUGCUGAAGCGGAGGAGGAUGGUGCCGAUACGGAAGAUAAGCCAGAUAAGGAAGAAGAGAAGGAGCCUAGUACGAAGAUAGUCAAUUUCGUCGUAAAAGGCGAUCUUCACGGCUCUGUGGAAGCCGUGUGUGCUGCAGUGCUCGAGAUCGGAAACCAAGAGGUCCAAGCGCGAGUCCUUCGCUCGGCUACGGGUCCGAUAACCGAGUUUGACGUCGAGCACGCCGCGACGUCUGACUCGGUCAUCAUUAACUUCGCUACAACAACGCCUGCGCAAGUUCAGCGCCUCGCGAAGGACAAGGGGGUCAAGAUUUUGAACCACAAUGUCAUCUACCAUCUUAUCGACGAUGUCAAGCUGAUCAUGAGCCAGUACCUGGCACCCAGUAUCACCAGCCGCGCUCUAGGCGAGGCCGAGGUCCUACAGAUCUUCCCCAUCAACACCCAUGGCCGAAGGUACAAGAACGUGGCCGGCUGUAGGGUGAGGGACGGCACGCUGUCAAAGAAUGACCUCUACCGCGUCGUUAGAAAGGGGCAGACGGUGCACACUGGUAAAAUCGAGACGCUCAAGCACGUGAAAGAUGACAUAACGGAGGCGCGUAGCGGUUCCGAGUGCGGUGUCGGCUUCCAGGACUUCCAAGACUUCGAGGUCGGCGACACGAUCCAAGCUUACGAGGAGAUCAAGACGGAGCGGAGUUUAUAGACGUAUACCUUGCCAUGAUUGCUGAUUGCGCAGUUACCGGCCCGGCGGGGGCGAUAUGGGAGGGAGGCCGGGGGGGGGGGGGGGUUGAGGAGAUCCCACGGCGAUCUCUUCCUUGUAUUAUAUGUGAUGUAUAGUGUAUAUAUAUGCGCGUGUACAAGGCGUAGACCGGGGAGAGACGGCGACGUGGAUCGGGUCAGAUAGUAUCUGCAUGCAGGUGGGCGACAGGUGUAUGGGUUGGCAGCAUUUCGUCUCCCUCCGUCCGACCAAAACGGACAAGAGAGAGAGAGAGAGAGAGAGA